UUCCGUUAUUACACCUUGUAAAUUCGCGUCACAUUACGUCUUUGUUUUGCGUUAUUUACUUUCAGUCGCGUUCUUAUGCCAUUCGUUCGUGUUAUCAUGCCUUUCUUUUGAGUUGUAACGCAUCUUUACGCUUUUAGGAAUAUUCUUUUGUCUUUUGAAAUUUUGUAAAUGAUAUAGCAUAUUCAAACCAAUACCACUUUUCUUUUUGUUAAUUUAUUUAAUACCUGACUCUCAUAACGAGUUCCUUUUAUAUCUUACAUAAUGCCAUUCCGGGGAGUACCUUUUGAGAAAAACACAAUUCAAAAUCGUAAAUUAAUAAAACAAGUCAUUUUUGAAAAAAGAAAUUUAUUGACAACAGCAAUUAAGAAUUAUAUUUUAUUUUUUUUUAAAUCUUUUCUUCGAAAUUUUCAUCCAUGUAAUCAAAAAGGAAUUAUUGUACCAAAACAAUGAAAAAUAAUUUCUGUUUUCCCAAUACGCUCUUCCUAACACAAUCACAAAUAGUGCUCGAGCACAGGCACUCGGGUAGCCUAGCGGUUAGAACGCUACCAACCGUGACGCCCUGGGCUCGAUUCGCGAUUCAACGCGCCGCGUCCAACCACAGUUAGAGACUAUUCCUACACCAAGCGAGUGAAAACUACAGGUCUUUCGAGUGAAUAUUUCGUCAUGGUCGCCGUUGGCAUGGCAAAGAAUCCUCACAGCUAUGACACUGACUGACUGAGCAUCAUUCAUAUAUGUCAAAAUCGUGACAUUUCACCUACAACCGGUGAUGGUUUUGGAUGAGUCAAAAUAUGAUGUAAAACAACAAACAAACAAAAACCGACUUAAUGCGAUGGGCAGUUUUCAUAGAACUACAGCCAGAAUGGGGACCAGUUUAGACUAUUCGUGAACUUAAUUAAUUUGGUGGUUUCUCAUGAAAAAAAUGUAUAUUCACAAAGAAAAAAGUGUGAGCCAAUGUUGAAAUUUUCGAAACAGAGUUGUACAUUUAUCCAGAUUAUUUAUUGAUAUUUGCUUAGUAUAAUGAAAUCCCUCUACCAAAUUCGAAAUAUUUUUUACUUACAUACAUGUACAAUUAAAUAACACUCGAUGUCUAUAGAAAGUACGAUAUCAAUUUUUCAAUCAUGUUUUAAAAAGGUUUUACUUUAUCUGGGAUGAAAAUAGAACCAUUCGAACAAGUAUAAAAUCCAAUAAAAAAUAUAGUUCUUCAUAUCUAUUUUGUAAAUCCCUUCACUACAAAGUACAGUCCUUUACUAAACAUUUUUAUGCAGUGCAAUACAUUUGCUGCUUUCUAAAUUCGAAAUUCUAAAAAUAUUAGUACAAAAUCUCUCCAACCUUUUCUCCUAUUCUGAUAUAAGCAUCAGAAUGUAUAUGACUUAUCCCAUUUGGACAGUAUCUUACGCCAUAUAACGUAUUACGAAAUCACAUGAGAUUCGGUUAUCUUCAAUUUAGCAAAACAUCCCAUCUGGAAUUAUAGUGGAAUGGUGAGAACCGAAUGUUUAAUUGUAAUACAGGAUUAGAAGGAUGCCCAAGAUUUAAUGUUGAGGCGAAGGAGACACGGGAAAACCCGAAUUAUACCGCAAUAACCGAACAGACCUCAGGUAUAACGAUCAAUACGGCAUCGCUCCCAAAUAGGGUUAACUAGUGCUUUUUUUACCCUAACAAAUUCUUUUCAAAGAUCAGUACAAAUUAAACUUUAAGUCUCUUUCGUCAAAUAUCACAAUGUACACGAAACACAUUUCUUGCUUACGACAGAUUUAUGCGGCUGACAGCGAAAUUAUAUUGGACAGCUUGAGUUACCUCCCCGUGAGGUUUCGAGGCGCGUGAAUUCCUGAUGCUGUCGCUGACGAAUUCCCAUCCGCGUUUUACGAGUUGUCAGUGUAAUUACCACGAUCAAUUAGUGGCAGGGACUGAUAAUUAUUCCGAUUACUGUCCGGAGCUUAAAGAGAGAGAUUUUUAGAGCCAAUAUUGGUAUUUGCAUAUGUAUUAAUCUAGGCGAAUACCAAAGGGAAUUUAUUUACAUCGACGCGCCGUUCUCUGUGUAUGAUCGGAUCCUCACUACGGACGGAGAACUUUUCGCUCUUUUUACCAGAGGUUCUCCAAUAAUCCGCGCACUCACAGAGAACAUUUUAUUACAACAAAAAUGAAGGGGUUUGCCACUUCACGGAAGAAUCAUAUAAUACUUGUAUUUCCUGGGCGGCUGAAAACAUUGAAAACGUGUCAGUAGAAGAAGGAGGGUCAUGUUGUCCAAGAAGCAGUACGACCUCGUGUCAGAGGACGGGUACGACGCGCGCAUACCUCUCCACAACGACGAAGCUUUCCAACACGGAAUCCAUUUUCAGACAAAGUAUAUUGGCACUCAAGAUGUACCCAGGCCAAGCAGCCGUGUUGAAAUAGUUGCGGCCAUGAGAAAAAUAAGAUACGACUUCAAAUUAAAAGGCAUCAAGAAGAAGAAAGUUUGUCUGACUGUGUCAGUGGGUGGAGUCGAGAUAACACAUUCCAGGAAGCAACGGAGGUCGCUGUCUUCCGCUUCUACAGAAGAAAACAGAGAGCUGUUAUUACAGCAUCCUAUAUUUCGAAUAUUCUACGUUUCCCAUGAUUCGCAAGACUUGAAGAUAUGGAGUUACAUUGCCAGAGAUGGACCAACAAACUGCUUUAAAUGCUCUGUGUUUAAAGCAAAUAAAAAGAAUCAGGCCAUGAGAAUAGUUCGUACGAUUGGACAGGCAUUUGAAGUGUGUCACAAGCUUGAUCAGCAGUCGCAGUUACCCGUGAAAAACAACGAUGACCCAUUCGGAAAACCUAAAGAGAAAAUGAAUGUCCCUACGGAUAGUCCACGACCUCAACACUUGACGUCUCCCUCGAAAACAAAUAGUGCAAGACCCUCUCAACUUCCAUCACCCGAGGUUUCUAAGGUCAACAACCCGGAUCCUGCACCAAUCAGCACUCAUCAGCACGUUGUGUUGCUAAGACAACAAAUAGAACAGCAGCAACACCAAACACAAAUUGCGAUUGGCCAAGUUCAACUGCUAAAGGACCAACUAACAUCCGAGACUGCGGCCAGAAUAGAGGCACAGGCGAGAUCCCAUCAAUUAUUGAUGCACAACCGUGAUAUGUUAGAUCAGAUGGCGCAGUUGGUGGCACGAUUGCAGGAACUGGAGCUCAAAGUAAACGGCGCCGUCAACACAGCCAAUGUGGAAAACAUUCUACCGCCUCCUCCAACGUUACAGAUGCCUGUAUUACCCGACCCCACUACACCACAAGCGGGACCAGUGUACACCCCGGAGUACUUCAAGGGUAACGCUUUCGAAAAGAAUUUUGUCGCAGACUUUGAGACAGAUUCCCCAGACAGUGGGCAUAAAGAAAUGUCCUCAGAAAGUCUUUCCCUGCAAUUUCAAAAGUCAAACACCCCGUACUGGCAUAAUAUACUGAACGGAGAAUUGAUUUCUCUUAGCGCACCAACAGAUUUCGGAACAAUUUGUCAGGUCGUAGAAGAUAUAUCAGCAGUGACUGGAAAUCCUUUUGCGAGUGGAUUCGACGAAAACUUCGAUGGUCAGGAGUAUUUAAAAGACAGUGAACAUAUUAUCACUCCUUGUCCGCUUCAAGAUGCCAGUGGUAAUAGACUAGAGUUGAAACUGACAAGAGCGCCGAAGAUUGCGCCUCCACCGGAGUUUCGAAACUCGAAAUCUUAUAGAGAUUCUCAGUAUUCUGUACAGAGCACAGAAAGCGCAUCCUCGCAAGAUACGACACUUUUUGUGAAAACGCCAGACAGUGAUUAUUCUUCAAUAAACACAAGUGGAAGCAUGAUCUCUCAUAGUAACUCUACAAGCGGAAAUGUAUUAAACUUGCCGAUUGCUUCUAGUCAAUGCGAAAUGGAUUUGAAAAAAGAUUCCGACAAUUCUCCGAGUAACUCUCUCAGUUCUUCAAGUCACUCGAGCUCCAGUACAAGAUCAGAGCUCAGUCAAAUUCAAAAGCAGACGAAGACCAACGAAAGACCAACUGGGUGGCCCUCUCCGAAAUCUUCAAAACAGGGAUUCGAUAGUUUUCCUUUUUUAGAUUUCAAAACGAUUGAACAGAGAGAAGUGUCUGCUUCUCCCAGUAGUAUUAAACAGAGUGCUAAGAAAAGCCCCGUCACUGAUCAUCAAAAUAUUGAAAAGAUCGAAGAAAUACCACGAAGAAAACAAAUACAAGGAUACAGAGAUUUAGUAAUAAAGCCGGCCCCUCCUCCACCCCCACCCAGGACAGUCGAUCGAUUAUGAGUUUCUUUAGAAUAGCUUUUCCUUAUUGUCUAAAUUUACAACAAGAGGCUUUAAGACUAUUUCAUAUAUUUCUUGCAAGCAUGUUUUAAAUUGAUGCCAUCAAAUGUAGUCAUGCACUAAAUAUUUGCACUUUUUGUAGUAAAUCUUUGUACAUCAAUCUUUGUAUAUACUCGUAUGUAAUUAUUUAUACGAAAGUUUCUCUAGCUGAAAAGAAUAAAAAUUUAUCUCAAACAAAAA